AACUUCCUGCAGAGAAUUAUUUCUUCUGAAACAGGCGCGGCUGUUAAUUCACUUGUAACAAAGAAUCUGAGCUUGCAUUGUUGUUUAUCUGUUGCUCCUCUCGGAGUAUGGCUGCCGCUGCCUGCUGGAAGAAGAUGAGCCUGGCGACGAAGGAGGGGAGCGGGUGACAUCUGCAGCUGCCAAACCGAGCCGAAAGGCGGGGGGCGGUGGUUGGUCGAAAUCCAAGGAUCCGACACCAUGGUUUUCUUCCACCUUUUCUUUUCUCCGGGGGGCCAGAUACGACGGCGUUGCUGACGAGGUGUCUCGUGGUGUGCUGUCCCACGCCACGUUUGCGCCUUUUUCUUUCCACCCAUUUUUUCUCCCCUUGCAUUUUUCCGAAAUCCAGCUCGAGAAGUUGGACUAAACAGGAUCAAUCAGUUCAUCAACUCCGUCGCGGUUCUUUCCUGUCCCCCCUCACCCUUUCCCGUCGAAGGAGAGAUCCGUGCUGCGAUGGACUCCCCCGGCCGAAGCUGCCGGCUGUUCGGCGCCCAGAGAUCGCUGCACGACCUCCUCGGCGGCGGCACCGCGGCGGAUGUGGUGCUGUGGAGGAGGAAGGAGGUGGCCGGCGGGUUGCUGGCCGCGGUGGUGGCGUCCUGGGCGCUCUUCUACUGCGUGCCCGGCAACACGCUGCUCUCAUUCGUGUCCCAGGUGCUCAUGAUCCUGCUAGCAGUCCUCUUCAUCUGGGCCAAGGCUGCACAGCUCCUCCACAGGGCACCUCCUCCUGUUCCAUUGAUGAAAAUUUCUGAUAAGUCAAUGAGUGAAGCAUCAGAAAUAGCGGGUAACUUCGUGAAUAAGGUGCUCCAGGAUUUUGGAAACAUUGCGCUUGGGAAGGACUCCGGCCUCUUCUACAAGGUGGCUUUUGUGUUGCUGCUGGUUUCCAUAGUUGGCCGAUUGACUGAUCUUAUCACUUUGGUAUAUACAAGUGCUGUUAUUGCUCUCACGAUACCUGCAUUGCUGGAGAAAUCUGAAGAACAUAUUGCAAGAUUCCUAGAGAUAGCUUCGACAUAUGUUCAGGCAUGUGGGGGAGCAUGCGAAGAGUAUAAAUGUAAGAUGACAAAAAGGAGUUCAGAAAAGUUGUGUUGAUGGCGAAAUCCGCCAUGAAAUUUUUUGCCUUGUAUUAGCCUGUCUUUUGAGGCUGAAGAGCUGUGAUAUGUACCACGAUCGUGGUCUGUCUAUAUACUGUGACCUUAGAGUUGCACACAUCACACCACAAGAGUUAUAGCUUUGGUGAAAUUGUGUUCUUUUUAGUUUUUACCAUCUUCUUCAGGUUGCUUUGCCCACUGGACCUUUCGUCGUCUGAAGCUUCUUGAUGAAAUCCACAUCUAUCAACUUAUUUGAUC